AUGACACAGAGGAUAAUAAAACGAAUUGAAACUCUUACGGAGCGUCUUUUAGAAGCCAAGCAAAAUAACAACAAGUUUGAAGAAGGACGUGCCUGUUGCAAUCUCGGCAUUGCUUAUUACUCUCUCGGCGACUUCCAACGAGCAAUAGAGUACCACGAGAAACACCUUAGCAUUGCCAAGGACGUCGGCGACAGGGCCGGAGAAGGAGGUGCCUAUGGCAAUCUCGGCAAUGCUUAUCACUCUCUCGGCGACUUCCAACGAGCAAUAGAGUACCACGAGAAAGACCUUAGCAUUGCCAAGGACGUCGGCGACAGGGCCGGAGAAGGAGGUGCCUAUGGCAAUCUCGGCAAUGCUUAUUACUCUCUCGGCGACUUCCAACGAGCAAUAGAGUACCACGGGAAACACCUUAGCAUUGCCAAGGACGUCGGCGACAGGGCCGGAGAAGAAGGUGCCUAUGGCAAUCUCGGCAAUGCUUAUCACUCUCUCGGCGACUUCCAACGACCAACAGAGUACCACGAGAAAGACCUUAGCAUUGCCAAGGACGUCGGCGACAGGGCCGGAGAAGGACGUGCCUAUGGCAAUCUCGGCAAUGCUUAUCACUCUCUCGGCGACUUCCAACGAGCAAUAGAGUACGACGAGAAACACCUUAGCAUUGCCAAGGACGUCGGCGACAGGGCCGGAGAAGGAAGUGCCUAUGGCAAUCUCGGCAAUGCUUAUCGCUCUCUCGGCGACUUCCAACGAGCAAUAGAGUAUCACGAGAAAGACCUUAGCAUUGCCAAGGACGUCGGCGACAGGGCCGGAGAAGGACGUGCCUAUGGCAAUCUCGGCAAUGCUUAUCACUCUCUCGGCGACUUCCAACGAGCAAUAGAGUAUCACGAGAAACGCCUUAGCAUUGCCAAGGACGUCGGCGACAGGCCCGGAGAAGGAGGUGCCUAUGGCAAUCUCGGCAAUGCUUAUCACUCUCUCGGCGACUUCCAACGAGCAAUAGAGUACCACGAGAAACGCCUUAGCAUUGCCAAGGACGUCGGCGACAGGGCCGGAGAAGGAGGUGCCUAUGGCAAUCUCGGCAAUGCUUAUCACUCUCUCGGCGACUUCCAACGAGCAAUAGAGUACCACGAGAAACGCCUUAGCAUUGCCAAGGACGUCGGCGACAGGGCCGGAGAAGGAGGUGCCUAUGGCAAUCUCGGCAAUGCUUAUCACUCUCUCGGCGACUUCCAACGAGCAAUAGAGUACCAGAAGAAACACCUUAGCGUUGCCAAGGACGUCGGCGACAGGGCCGGAGAAGGACGUGCCUUUUGCAAUCUAGGCAUGUCUUUUUUCGUUUUAAAUUCUUUGGAUGAAGCCUUAGCUCAUUUUAGAUCGGGCGUAGAAACUCUUGACACUAUUAGAGCCAGUCUCAUUUCCAAAGAUGGCUGGAAAAUAAGUUUUCUUGAGAUUUGGAAACGUGCCUACACCUAUUUAUGUCAAGUUCUUAUAAUGCUUCAAAAGACGGACGAGGCUUUAUAUGCUGCUGAGCAAGGAAGGGCACAAGCCUUGCAAGACGCCUUGAAAAUAAAAUAUGGCUUCCCAUCAUUUCCACACGCGUGGAAUAAAUCUGAAGAAGAGGUUGCAAACACUUCAAGAAAAAUACCUACUUUGACAGCUUUUCUUGCAGUACAAAAUGAAACAAUUAAUAUAUGGGUAUUGAGAAAGGAAAGCAACGCUGUAUUCAGGCAGGGAAAGUUAACAAGUGCAAGUGUACACGAAAAUUCAUUCGCUGCUCUUUUGGAAGCUGCUUUGAAAAAAAUUGGGGCUGGGGUCAAUGUAAGAUGCGAGAAUCGGUCAUUGGAUAACGAAAAGGACAAUGCAGCUCUAAGUACUCGAGACGAUGAUCGAAUAUUGGAGCAGUCAUACAGGAAUACCGACUGGUUACAUCCACUGUAUGAUGUUGUUAUUGGUCCCAUUGAAGACUUGCUUAAUUGUGAUGAACUUAUAGUAGUCCCUGAUGGUGCUUUGUCUUUAGCUCCAUGGGCAGCCCUAAGUGAAUCUUUAAGGAUUCGCACAGUUCCCUCGCUUGCAAUUUUGAAACUGAUAACUGCUUCUUCAGCUGAUCACCACACUAAAGAUGGAGUCCUGCUUGUUGGAGAUCCAAGUCUGGAGAAAGUUACAAAUAAACGGGGUAAGCCCAUUCACAAGCAACUUAAUUACGCAAAAAAGGAAGUGGAGAUGAUUGGUGCAAUCCUAAACGGCCAACCACUUACAGGAGAAGCUGCAACAAAACAGGAGGUGCUUAAAAGAAUAGAGUCAGUCGCUUUAGUUCACAUUGCAGCCCACGGAAAAAAGGAAACUGGUGAAAUUGCCUUGGCUCCAAACCCCGGGUGGCAAUCAAAGAAUCCUACCCCUAUGGAAGAGGAUUAUAUUUUAAAGAUGUCUGAUAUUCAAGCUGCUGAGUUGAGAGCGAGGCUGGUUGUGCUUAGUUGUUGCCAUAGUGGUAAAGGAGAAGUUAACUCCGAAGGCGUCGUCGGUAUGGCGCGGGCUUUCUUGUUUGCUGGUGCUCGUUCUGUGCUAGUGUCACUCUGGGCAAUCGAUGACGAAGCUACAAUGGAGUUUAUGAAAAGUUUCUACCAACACCUGAGAGCUGGCGAAAGUGCUAGUCAUGCUCUUCAGAAGGCCAUGAAAUGUCUCCGCGACUCGGGAACCUUUUCUGCCCCAAAGUACUGGGCUCCAUUUGUGCUGAUUGGCGAUGACGUUACAAUUCAAUUUGAUAAAAAUCGUUGAAAACGUAAGUAAUUUUUUUUGCUUUGUAUUUUUAAGGUCUUCGGAAUAGAAUUCGAAAAUGGCAAAAUUAAGGAAAUUUGCCGACAAAGCCACCAAUUGUAUCGAAUGUUACGAGAAACGUUGGAUGGAUUUCGGCGAACGUUUCCAAAUUUUAGACCAUAUAAAAACCUGUUCUUACGUUUCCUUACCAAAAUCCGAUUCUGAACUUCUUCCAGCAAAGAUUCCAAACCUUUUCAAAAGCAUUGCUAUCGCAAUUACUCACAGCAUUACCAGUCGUCAACAGUUCAGUCAUAAAUAGAUCUGAAAUGGGAAUUGAAAACUAGAAAACUUCUUUCAGAUUAAGGACUUUCGAUUUAUCCUUGAAUUGAAAAAAUGGUUUUGAAUAGCUUAUGGAGAAAAUAAUAAUAAUGAUAAUAAUAGUAAUAAUAUAAUGAUAAAAAUGUCCAUGAAGACGACGAUGAUGAUGACGAUGACCACGACGACGACGAUGACGAUGAUGAUGACGAUGACGAUAAUUAUGAAGAUGAUAAUGAUGAUAAUGUUAACAGAGGCAAACGAGAUUUUUUAAUUUUCAAAUGUUAUUAAGAAGGCCUGGAUCACGGUUUCGAUUGGAAACAAUGUUCAUGUUUUGUUUCGCUAAAUCUAUGAAACUUGUUGUUUAGCGAAAACGACUGUCAUUCAGCAAAUGUUACCUAAUGUUAACCCUCUCACCGUAAAUACAUUGUACUACUACUACUGAAGCAGUUAUUUCUCAAAGUGUGUUGAUGCAUUAAAUAUGUUUUUAUUUUCAGGGUCGCACAAAGCGUUUGAUGUCAAAGAAACUAUGCUUGUAUGUAACACAAAAAGGACUUUGCUUCCCUGCGA